AUGUACGUAUGUUUGUUGGCAGGUUGCGCGUUCGUCAAGUUCAGUUCACACCAGGAAGCGCAAGCAGCCAUCACAAGCCUGCACGGGAGUCAAACUAUGCCGGGAGCGUCUUCGAGCCUGGUAGUAAAGUUUGCAGACACGGAGAAGGAACGUCAACUAAGGCGCAUGCAGCAGAUGGCCGGCAACAUGAGUCUCCUAAACCCGUUCGUGUUCAACCAGUUCGGCGCAUACGGCACCUACGCCCAGGUCAUCACCGAACAAGUUGAUUUACAGCAACAGGCAGCGCUGAUGGUGGCCGCAACUGCUCAGGGUUACAUCAGUCCAAUGACGGCACUCGCUUCCCACGCCCUCAAUGGCAUGGCCAACUCGGUCGUACCACCAUCGUCUGACAACUUUACCGGCCUGGCGAUAGGCACAGGUGCCCAGCCGCUAAACGGCGCACUGCCGUCGCUUCCCUCGCCCACUAUGCCGGGGUUCAAUAUGGCGGCUCAGACCGCUAACGGACAACCUCCCCCACAGGAGGCCGUGUACACCAACGGCAUUCACCAGACGUUCACUGGACCGGUGCCAGUGACGGCGCAGGGCAUUCCGAACGGCGAAGCAGCACUGCAGCAUGCGGCCUACCCCGGCAUGCCACCAUUCCCCGGAGUCGCUUACCCAGCGGUUUAUGGGCAGUUUCCGCAGCCGAUCCCACCACCGAUGCCGACUAUAGCGCCGGCACAGAGAGAAGGCUGCUCAAUCUCUGGGCCCGAGGGCUGCAACCUCUUCAUUUACCAUUUACCGCAGGAGUUUGGCGAUGCUGAGCUAAUGCAGAUGUUUCUCCCAUUCGGAAACGUGAUCAGUAGCAAGGUCUUCAUUGAUCGAGCAACUAACCAGAGCAAAUGUUUUGGGUUCGUGUCGUUCGACAAUCCGACGUCAGCCCAGGCGGCCAUCCAGGCGAUGAACGGAUUUCAAAUCGGCAUGAAGCGGCUAAAGGUCCAGCUGAAGCGGCCCAAGGACGCACACAGGCCCUACUAACCCAUGACGCCGUCCCCGCGCACUCACGCAAUGCCCAGGAAAGCUGCCGGCAAAUUCCGUUUACCCGCGGUGGGCUUGUUAGCGUAUUAUC